GCGCCCCGUGCGAACCUGCCGCAGCGCGUAGGCAACCCACCAGGCAGCUCGCAGCGGACGCGCGAUCCUCCGACUCCGGAACGAGAGGCACGCCCCUGCCGGACCGCGCGGCCUGCCAGGGAGGUUACUGAGGCGCGUUAGCUGCCUGUGAUGUCGUGCCGCCUGACCGAGACGUGAGGGCCUGCAGUGUGUGAAGCACCCGCCGCCACGCUCCACGCGUAAAGCAGAGCCGACUCUCGUUUACCAUGGCGGUCGGUGUCCUGCCCGCGUCCUGUCUUUUCCUGAUGAUGUGCGCGGCGGUGGCCGUGUGCCAGCAGAGGCCGGGCCCGCUCCCAGCGAGCGCUCCGCCCCCGCCGCCGCCCCCCGCGCUGCCACGCCUUCUGGCAGCCUUCGCCGGCACGGCCCCCGCCGCCGCCUCUGAGGAAGACGCCAGUGCUGCAUCUGCCACCGGCGCAACCACCGUCUCCACAGCCACAACCAGUGCUGAGGUGCCCAGUACAAACCGUGACGACUUAUCUGGUGGAAGUAGCGGCGUAGCGACGCCAGCAGGCGCCAGUGGCAUCAGCAGCGAAGCUGAAAUUGGCAGCAGUCAACAUGUCUUCAGCAGCAGCCAGGACAGUGGUAGCAGCAGUCAGACUGGCAGUGGCAGCAGUCAGGAAGUCAGCAGCAGCAGUCAGUCAGUCAGCCGCAGCAGUCAGGCAGUCAGUAGCAGCAGUCAGAGCACUAACAGCAGCGGUCAGACAGCACUCAGCAGCAGUCAGACCGCUAGCAGCAGUCAGGCGGCUAGCAGCAGUGUUUCUGAGGUCGCAGCAGCACCCACAGCGGCUCCUGAGCCGGCUGCUACCACCACUUCUACCCCUGCAGCUACUCCAGCCACCAGUGGGGCACCCAGCAGCAGCAUGAGCACUACAACCACAACCAUCACCACCACUACCACCACCAAUGCUGCCACCACACCCCCACCGCCACCGCCGCCUAUCACCUUCUCUGGCGGCAACCCUGACAUCGGGGAAGAGUCGAGUGGUAGCCCUACAGCACUAGAAGGGUCCAGUGGCAGCUCUGUGGCCCUGGAAGGGCUCAGCACCGCCGAGCCACGCCCCCCUCUGCCACCUCCCAGACCACCGCACCGCAUACCGUCGCGUCUCGAGGAGAAGCUGGAGUCACUCUCCUGUGACAUUCCUCCACUGCCCUCGGAGUCGCGCCUCUGGAGGGGCAACGAGACUCACGAACUCCUGCUGCCCAUCAUUGUAAGUACUGACAGCUAUUAA